AUGAGAUCUACCAGUAGAAGUUCAGCAAUUCUGCAAUUCCUUAUCAGCGCUGUCAUUCUUUCCAAUUUCGUUACGGAAGCAUUUCCAAUUAGGAAUCCCUUCAAAAGGGAGAUUGUGACCCGCAUGCAUACUGCCAGCACAACCCAUACUGUUACUGACGUUUACUCAACUACCACUGACCUUUCCAUUGCACCCACCGUUGAAUUCAUCAUCAGUGGAGACGUUACUUUCACAACCACCUUGCCAGCUGCGGAUGGCUCUAUUCCAACUGGAGAACCUUCAAUUACCAUUACUUCUCACGUGGCCAAUGCUGUGCCUACAACGAAUUGUGUCACUACGUUGACACCGGCAGGAACUAAAACCAUAGGCGCAGUUCAGUCGGAAGUUGUCGAAACUAUUUCUGUUUCCGCUGUGGCUAACACUCAAGUUUCACCAACCACUACUUCUCAAAACGAGCAAAACCCUUCGCCAGCUACUACUUCCCAAAACGAGCAAAACCCUGCACCAACUACUACCUCUCCAAACGAGCAAAACUCUGCACCAACUUCGACUACUCAAAAUGCUGCACCAAUCACCACGACCCCAGUUUCGAAUGAAGAAACUACACAAGCUGCACAAACCACUAGUCAAAACCCAUCUUCCGGGCAAACUGCGGCUUUGAAAAGCGCACCAACCGCUUUGGCUUACUCACCCUACAAUAAUGACGGUACUUGCAAAGACGCAUCUUCGGUCUCAAACGACCUUGAAUUCAUUAAAUCUAAGGGUGUGUCCAAGAUUCGCGUAUAUGGCACUGACUGCAACUCGCUAGAAACCGUUAAUUCCGCCGCCAGUCAAUUAGGCAUCAAAAUCAAUCAAGGACUUUGGAUCGACAGCACGGGUGUUGAUUCCAUUGACUCUGCCGUUUCAGCGUUGAUCCAGUAUGGUCAGACUAAUGGCUGGGACGUUUUCGAUUUUAUUACUAUCGGUAACGAAGCAGUGUUGUCAGGUUUCUGCUCUGCCGAUGAAUUGAUAAAUAAGAUUUCCAGUGUGACUAGCCAAAUGAAAGGCGCUGGUUACUCGGGCAAAUUCACUUACAGUGAUGCACCUUCCACUUUCCAAAACAAUCCAAACCUGUGCCAGGCAGCAAUCGACUUUAUCGGUAUCAAUGCCCAUGCCUAUUUCGAUGUAUAUGCUACAGCAGACAGUGCAGGCUCGUUCGUGAAAAGUCAAAUCGCGCUCACACAGCAGAUUUGCGGGACUUCAAAUAUCAUGGUAACAGAAACUGGUUAUCCUUCUAGCGGAAUUCAAAAUGGCGGAAACGACCCAUCCACUGCUAAUCAAAUAAUUGCCGUCCAGAGUAUCCUAGAUGAGCUGAAUUCAGAAGUCACAAUUCUUUCUACAUACAAUGAUUUGUGGAAAGCGCCAGGACCAUACGGUAUCGAACAGUCCUUCGGAAUUGGGGAGUUUUUGCCAACGGUAUGA